GACGAUCAUGGAGAAGCAUACAUUUUUAUUAAAUAUAUGAAAUACAGCUUUCAAAUAAUAUAUAUUUUCAUUAAAAAACAUUAAUAAAUUCUUAUAAAAUUUACAAAUAAAUAAUAUUAAUUUUCCAUUUAAAAAAUAAUCACUUCAAGUAAAAAAUUGCAUUUUUUAUUAUUAAUUUUCCUAUUUAAAAAAAAAAAAUUUACAGUUAAUUGGCCAUAGAAAUUUUUUUUCAUUGUAGAAAAUAUUGUCACCGUAUAAAAAUUAUAAUUAUUUUAUUAGUUGACUGAACAAAAAUGUCUACUGGGUAAAAAAUUUUCUGAGUGAAAGCAGAUUAAAUCCGGAGUUGAUGCGGAGCGGGUUUUUUUUUAUUUAAUCUCCUCGGAGUGAAAUUCACUCCGAAAGGAGUUUAUUUCAAUGUUGAAACUCCGAAUCGAAGUGAAAUAAAAUUCAUAUCACUCCGAAAUUCGCUGGAAAAAUAAACUCACUAUUUACUUCCCAUUAGGAAUGGUCUUCCCGACGAAAAAAGAUUUUAUAUAAGAGUAUAGUUAUAUAUGAAUUAUAUACAAUUGGAUUGAGGCGAUGGAUAAUUACAUAAAUUUUUUGUAUAGUUAUAUACAAUCGUAUAUAGUUCUAUAUAAAAAUGCAAAAAAUAAUAAAAUUAUAUACAAAUGUAUAUAUUUGUAUACAAAUAGAUAUAAUUAUAUUUAUUAUCGGGCCAUUUUUUCUAUCCAAUUUUAUACAAUUGUAUAAAAUUUUUUUUCAUCGAGUUAUUAGAAACUCCGAGUGAAUUCAGAUUUAAAUAAAAUUCGUAAUCACUCAAAAUUCACUCUGGACUUUUUACAGUGUAUAUGUAAAAAUAAUUAUCAAAUUCAUUAAAUAAUAUGUAAAUUAUGAGUCGUGCAAAAAAUCCCUAAUUAAGAGAAACGAUUCAAAAUAAUUUGCAAUGUGAAAUGUCCAUACGAAGAGCGAUUCAAAAAUAUUCAGAAGCAUUAAAAUUUUUUUUGUUCUAAUCGUUUUAAAUCGUUUCUUUUAAUAAGGAACAUAUAUUUUUUUAUAACAAUUUAAAAAAUAUUGUGAAGUUUUAUGAUUCCUUUUUGGUAUGUAUUUUUUUUACUGCAUAUUAUUAUUAUUUUUUAAAAAUAUAAUUAUCAAAAGACUUUUUCUUAGAAACAUUUUUUUUGUCGAGGAAAUGAUACUGAUAUACGAGGAUAAAAACGCAAUUGUUGUUUAAUAUUAAGUGCGAUAUCAUUGAAAUAGGGAACAUGAGCUGUGUAUAAAAGAUUAAUUUACAAAAUAAUUUUUUAGAUUCGUCUUGAUAAUAAAAAAUAAGACGAGUUAUAAUCGAUAAUUAAAAUAAAGAAAAGUGUAACUACUGGAUAUGAAUAAUUGUAAAUAACUACAAGUAAAUAUUCGAUUUGAAAAAUUUUUUUAUUUAAUCAAAAAUUAUCUUCUAUGAUAAAUUACUUUUCGUAAUCUUACAAUGAAUAUUUAGUCAUUAAGUUUUAUGAUAUUUUAAAAGUUGUUUAUUUUAAAUUCGAAAGUGUAAAUAAAAAUAAUCUCUCAAUGUCAAAGUUUAUGAUCUGUUUGUAAAAGUGGUUCGUAGUUCAAAUAAUAUAACGUUUGUUGUGAUUGAGCAGUGGGACGAGUUGAAAUAAACUUUUAAAAGGGGAAUGGAAUAAUAUACCCGAUAAAAUAUUUUCAUACGAGCGAAGAAUAGUAGAGGAUUAAAUGCGGACAUAAACGUUUAGAGGUCCAAUUUAAGAACAGAUACAUAUAUACAUAUAUAUAAAUAUAUAGUAGUACAACGGUGAUAGUGAUAUAAAUGUAGAUUCAAUUUAACAAUUAUGACGGUCAAUGUUGCAUUAUAUUUCAUCAUUAUUUCAAUUUUAUAUUCAAAAACUACUGGACAUUAUAAUAACCCCGAUCCUUUUCAAAGAACUCUUGGUCAUUUAAAACCACAAAGUUCACCAGAUUUACAAGCCGAAGCCGCUAGAAAAUUGAUUGAAAGAAUUAUUGGAGAAAACUCAACACAUUUUAGUGUUUAUGUUGAUCCAAAUUUGGGCCCUAUAGGAAAAGAUACAUUCGAGAUAAAAUCCAUAUCCCCUGAGUCUAUAAAAAUAGUCGGAUCAUCAGGUGUUGCAGUAGCAUGGGGUUUUUACUAUUAUUUGAAAAAUUAUUGCAAUUGCCAUAUCGCUUGGGAAGGACAACAAACCAAAUUGCCAAUUGUGUUACCUGAUGUAAAUGAAAAAAUAAUUUCAAAUGAUAGGUUUCGUUAUUACCAAAAUGUUUGCACAGCUGGAUACAGUUCAACCUGGUGGGAUUGGGGUCAAUGGGAGAAAAAUAUUGACUGGAUGGCUUUGAAUGGUAUCAAUCUUGCUUUGGCUUUCCAUGGUCAAGAAGCAAUUUGGAAGAGAGUAUAUCUACAAAUGAAUCUCACUAAUGAAGAGAUCGAUCAACAUUUUGGAGGACCAGCUUUUUUACCUUGGUCACGGAUGGGUAAUAUCAGAGGAUGGGGUGGCCCAUUGUCUUUUUCGUGGCACAAUCAUACUAUUGUACUUCAACAUAAAAUACUUAAUAGAAUGCGAGAACUUGGAAUAAUUCCAGUUCUUCCUGCAUUUGCAGGCCACGUUCCACGUUCUUUUUCUCGUAUUUAUCCUGCUGCGAAUGUGUCUAAAAUAGGUGUUUGGAAUGAUUUUGAUGAUACUUAUUGCUGUCCAUUUUUAUUGUCGCCAACAGAUCCGCUUUUUAAAGUUAUUGGUAAAAAAUUUUUGCACGAGUAUACUAAUGAAUUUGGUACAGAUCACAUUUAUAAUUGUGAUACUUUUAAUGAGAAUGAACCCUUGGACAGUGAUAUUGAGUCAUUAAAAAAUAUUGGACAAGCUAUUUAUUCUGGCAUGACGGAAGUUGAUCCACAAGCCAUAUGGAUGAUGCAAGGAUGGUUAUUUGUUCAUGAAUCAGAUUUUUGGACAGAAGCACGAGUAGAAGCUUUUAUUACAUCAGUUCCAUUGGGAAAAAUGAUUGUACUCGAUCUUCAAUCAGAACAAUUUCCACAGUACAAUAGAUUUAAAUCUUACUAUGGCCAGCCAUUCAUUUGGUGUAUGCUUCAUAAUUUUGGCGGUACACUUGGAAUGUUCGGAUCAGCCGAAAUAAUAAACCAACGCGUUAUUGAAGCAAGAAAAAUGAACGAUAGUACGAUGAUUGGGACAGGCUUAACGCCCGAGGGAAUCAAUCAAAAUUAUGUGAUUUAUGAAUUAAUGAACGAAAUGGCUUAUCGGCGCAAACCCGCUGAUCUUGAUAAAUGGUUUGAAAAUUAUUCUAUACGGAGGUAUGGCGGAUGGAAUGAAUAUGCAGCAGAAACAUGGAAUAUUCUGGGCAAAACAAUUUACAAUUUUAUUGGUCUCGAGAGGAUCCGUGGACACUAUGUGAUCACAAUGCGACCAAAAGAGAAUAUUAAACCAUGGUCAUGGUAUGAUCCAGAGUCACUUCUUACCGCCUGGAAUAUUUUCCUUCGGGCUAGACCUGCUAGAGUUGAUAACAAAUUAUACAGACAUGAUCUGGUUGAUAUUUCACGUCAAGCUUUACAGCUGAUCGCCGAUGAGAUUUAUCUCAGUGUUAAAAAUGCUUAUGUGAAAAAAAAUUCAACUUUAUUGAGACGACAAUCUGCAUUGUUGAUUGAACUUUUUGAUGACUUGGAAAAAAUUCUUGAUUCGAGUGAAAAUUUCCGUUUGGGUAAAUGGAUAGAGGAUGCUAAAUUAUUGGGAACAAAUAAACAAGAAGAAAAUUUAUAUGAGUAUAAUGCACGCAAUCAAAUAACAUUGUGGGGACCAAAUGGCGAGAUACGUGAUUAUGCAAAUAAACAGUGGUCUGGAGUUAUUGUUGAUUAUUUUAAACCACGGUGGGAUAUAUUUCUUAAAGCUUUAUAUGAAUCAAUUGAAACAGAACAAAAGUUAAACCAAACUGAAAUCAAUCAAAUAAUUUUUGAGCAAGUCGAAAAACCAUUUACUUUGUCAAAUAAAUAUUAUCCUGUUAAUCCUCAAGGUGAUACUAUAGAUAUUGCUGUUGAGUUGAAUAAUAAAUGGCAAAAUUAUAGAACUCGUUUUAUUGAAAAAAAAUUUCGUAGACAUGAACGUAAAAGAAAAGAGAUGAAGAAAAAAAAAAUUGAGCAAUAACAUGCUUUUAUUAUUAAAGUUUUUUAUGACGCCCACUACUAGCCAUUUUUUAAAGUUUUUGCCGUUUUUACAGAAAUUUUUUUCAGUAAUCUAUUAUAAGAAAACUUCUUAUAGUGAUCACUAAAGGAGUUUUUUAUAUUAAUCACUGCUGUUGAAUUUUCUGAGAUUACUUUUAGAACACGAUAAGGAAACAUUUAAUCGAUC